AAAUAUUAGCGUUAGGAAUGAUUCAAGUGGGAAGUAAAAUAGAAUAUACAAUGAUUCCACCCAUAUAUACUAUUGUUAUAAAAGAUAAAAUUGCUUUAACUGCAUUUUGGUAUUUUUGGAAAA